CAUUAUCACAUUACAUUACUUGUGCAAGUGAUGAUUGAACCAUUCAAACCAACCGAGCGGUAAAACGCCGUGACAGAUAUUAACCAAAAUACCGAAACUACCCUUUAACCGGUAACUAUCACCGUCCCUGCCACGCCUCCUUUCAAAAAGAUCUUCUUCCUAAAGUGUUCUCUCACGAUUCCCUUUAUACCCCCAAACAUGCCUCUGAUUCUUUCUUCGUUGUCAUCAUCUAGAUUCUAGGGACACUUCAGAUCAUGGGGAUUCUCCGGAACUCGGUUAUAGGGAUACCGGUUUUGGUGGUGGUGUUGUUCUUGGUACGAGUUGUUUUGUUCAAAACCGGUUUGAUUUACACGGUUAAGCAAUGGCGGAGGAAGAUCUUCGAUUGGUUUCACGUUUACCAGUUCUACAGAGUCCCUGAGUUCAACGAUAACUUGCAGGAGAAUCAACUCUACCGUAGGGUUUACGCUUACUUGAAUUCACUCAGCUCCAUCGAGAAUUCGGAUUACACAAACCUCUUCGCUGGGAGAAAGUCAAACGAGAUCAUCCUCCGUCUCGAUCGGAAUCAGGUGAUCGGAGACGAGUUUCUCGGCGCUAGAGUCUGUUGGAUCAACGGAGAAGACGAAGACGGUUCGAGGAGUUUCGUUUUGAAGAUCCGAAAAGCUGAUAAACGGAGGAUCCUCGGUUCGUAUCUCAACCAUAUACACACAGUCUCCGAGGAGCUGGAACAGAGGAACAAGGAGUUGAAGCUGUUCAUGAACGUCGCUGGGAACGAUGAGAAGAUCGGGAGAUGGAGAUCGAUUCCGUUUACUCACCCUUGCACCUUCGAUAACAUCGCCAUGGAGGCGGAUCUGAAGGAGAAAGUGAAGUCCGAUCUCGAAUCGUUUCUCAAAGGGAAACAGUUUUACAAUCGGCUAGGACGAGUCUGGAAACGGAGUUACCUUCUCUACGGACCUUCCGGCACCGGAAAAUCAAGCUUCGUGGCGGCGAUGGCUAGUUUUCUAAACUACGAUGUGUACGAUGUAGAUCUAUCCAAAGUAGAAGACGACUCGGAUCUCAAGAUGAUUCUGUUACAAACCACGUGUCGAUCCGUGAUCGUCAUCGAGGAUCUAGACCGGUUCCUCUCGUCGAAAUCAACGGCUCUGAGCGUUUCCGGUGUUUUGAAUUUCACCGACGGGAUCCUCAGCUCAUGCGCCGCGGAUGAACGGAUCAUGGUCUUCACCAUGACGUCAAAGGAGCAGAUCGACCCGGCGGUGCUCCGGCCGGGUCGGGUCGACGUUCACAUCCAUUUUCCGUUGUGUGAUUUCACGGCGUUUAAGGCGUUGGCGAGUAGCUACUUGGGUUUGAAAGAGCACAAGCUCUUCCCCCAAGUGGAAGGCAUAUUCCGAGACGGUGCGUCUCUAAGCCCCGCCGAGAUCGGAGAACUGAUGAUCGCCAACAGAAACUCGCCUAGUCGAGCGCUUAAAUCGGUGAUCAACGCGUUGCAAACGGACGGAGAUCGGAGGGGAACUCCGGCGACUACGACGCGGUUGUUUCACGAAAGAGCGUCGUCGGAAGAUUACGAAGGAGAUACGAGUGGGCCUUUAUGCGGCGGAGGAAGUUCGCCGGCGGUGAAGGAGUUCAAGAAGUUGUAUGGACUAUUGAGGUUGAAAAGCAACAGGAAAUCUCAGUCGUUCAAUCUGACUCGGGAGCUAAGGAACGGUUCGUGAUCUGAAACUUUAAAAGUCAACUGACAAGUGGGCUUCUGUGAUUGGCUGCGAGAGUAUGAACAAAAACAAUUGUUUCCUCAAUAUUUAGUUGAAUAUGUACAUAAGUUUUAUUAUUUAUGGUUUGAUGACUCA